AUGGCCUGGCUAGAGGCGUUGGGUCGGUUUGGGAGCCUGGGCAUUCUCCUGGUUUCAGGCGCGGUGGUUCAAACCUCUAGGCAGGGGUUGCUCAGCGGUUGGGUGCUUGGGAGCGUCAGCUUCGGUGUCUGGAGCUGGGGACUUUUAGAGGGAGAAGGAGGUUUCGGAACUGCACCCUGCCUGCAUUUAGACUCCGAGCUGUCUGGGCUCCUGUCUUCUCUCCCCUGGAGCCAACCUUUCUUCGGAGCUGGCUCUCAGAGCUUGGAGGGGAUUGGUGGGGAGAAAUAUCUUCAAAAUCCAUCCUUCAACACCUUCAAGACAAGAUUCUCUUUGAAAGCUGGACUAGACAAAGUAUAUGCAGAGGAAGUUCAUGCACGAGCUUGCCAAGAGCUAUCCCAAACACAUAAUUCCAUUCUUGUUUCAGGUGUGCUAGCAAUGAGAAGAUAUCUGCUGUUCAUAAUUCUGAGUUCUAUCUUUCUCUAUUAUGUACUUCAUUGCAUUCUGUGGAGAGAGAGUAGCAGUUGGCUACGGACUAUAGAAAUGAAAAGGUCGCCUAUGUUGCUGUCUUGUUCAUUGAAGCCAGCUUUUGAGUCUCUACUGAGUUAUCAUGGAAUAUAUCCUUUCAUGUGUACAAGUGAAUUAAAUGCGAUAGCUGCUUUUCAUGAAAGUGAUAAGAUUGCACUACCCUAUGGAGUAAAAAAGUCAGUGCAUCAUUUUCACCUGGCUCUCUCAAGACUUCAAAGCUGUGAUCUGUUCCCUGAGUCUGACAAGUGCGUUUCCUGGGUGUCCUCUUUGACUCUCAUCUCUGACCGCUGGCCGCCCCUUGUCAUUUCCUCUCCACCGUAUUUCUGUCAUCAGUCCCGUUCUCUCAGCAGCCAUCGUCCCAUGCAGACUCUCCUCACCCGGACUGCUCCAAAACCCAAGCACCCAACAACGGGGAUCAUCGCCAUCACGUUGGCAUUUUACAUCUGUCAUGAAGUUCACUUGGCAGGUUUCAAGUAUAAUUUUUCUGAUAAAACUGGCCCUUUGCAUUAUUAUGGGAAUACGACCAUGUCUAUGAUGAGCAAGAAUGAAUACCACAACAUAACUGCAGAACAAAUUUUCUUAAAGAACAUCAUAGAAAAAAACUUUGUUACUGACUUGACACAAGACUGAUCCUAAAGACUCUCAAGAUAUUGAUAUUUUAUCAGUUUUAUUUUUUUAUAAAAUUUGAGUUUAUUUUUUAAAAUAUUGAGCUA